UCAAUUAUCACCAAAAUUCCCAUCUCUGAAGCCCUAUCUAUAACCAAAGAUAUUUCUGCUCUUCGACCAACCCCUUCUUUCUCUCUCUCUCUCUCUGCCCUCUGCGAUUUUCUUCAAGCUUCCACUUACUUUUUCAUGGAAAAUUGUCUGUACCAUCCAUCACCCACAUUGGUUGUACCCCGUUUGACCCAUAGCCUUUCUCUGAGACCCAUUUCAAGAUUCAUCUGCAAUUUGCCCAGAAAACCCAGUUUGAGUGGUCGUUUCAACGGUAGGAGCAGACCCAUCAAUGUUAAGGCGAGUGCUGGCGCGAGUCCCUGUGAGUUCAGUAGCCUGAACUCGCCGCUAGAGCCGAAAUCGCAUGUGGGCAAGUUUCUGAGCGGUGUGUUGCAGAACCACCGCCAGAUGUUCCACGUUGCGGUGGCGGAGGAGCUCAAGCUUUUGGUCGAUGAUCGAGAUGCAGCAGUUGCUCGCAUGGCACUCACCGCAGGCUCCGAUGAGGACAUGCUUCACAGGAGGAUAGCACAAAUGAAAGAGCAUGAGUGCGAGAUUGCUGUACAAGAUGUCAUGUAUUUGCUGAUAUUUUACAAGUUUUCGGAGAUCAGGGUCCCCCUGAUUCCAAAGCUUUCUGAAUGCACAUACAAUGGCAGGCUAGAGAUAUUGCCUUCCAAAGACUGGGAGCUUGAGUCCAUUUACAGCCUGGGGAUUUUGGAUUUGAUCAGGGAACAUGUAACAAGUAUGACCGGUUUGAGAGCAAAAUCUAGCGUGACUGAGAGCUGGGCAACAACUGAGAUUCAGGAAUUCUUGCUUGCUCGAAUUUAUGUUGCCUCAAUAUUAUAUGGUUACUUCUUGAAGUCGAUUUCGUUGAGAUACCACCUCGAACGGAGUCUCUCUGUUGCUAACCGUGAUGAUCAAAGGACUGCUCUUGCCAUUCACGAUGCGCGUGCUUAUGAAAUUAAAGAUGUAAUCUUUGGCCAUAUGGGUAACAUUCAUUCUCUAGGUCAAGGGCUAAUCAAGCAGGAAGAGGAAAUUGAGGACUUGAAAUGUUAUGUGAUGGGCUUUCAACCUGGAUUGUUGGAGAGAUGUGCCAAACUGAGAUCAAAGGAGGCUGUGAAUUUGGUGGAAAGUUAUAGCAUGGCACUUUUUGGUAAUGAGGAAUCUUGUUUAGUAGAGAGCAACAAUGUCAUUUUGACUUCAUAUUCAAGUCUGAAGAGGCUAGUCUUGGAAGCAGUCGCUUUUGGAUCUUUUCUCUGGGAGACAGAAGAUUAUAUUGACAGUGUAUAUAAGCUUAGAGAUAACUAAAUAUAAAUAGGAUAAAGUCAUACUUAUUGUGAUAUAGUUAGGUUUUGGUGCGACAUCUCUAUGUAUAUAAAUCAGAGUUUCAUGCAUAUUCUUGGCUUUCCAGUUGAGUCUAAAGACUGUACAGGUAUGUGUUUUUCUGGAAGUAAGAACAGCAGAAUGAGCUAGCAUUUUGCAUAUUUU